GUUGCCAACUGCUUCGAUUCGAGAGUGUCUGGCGGCAUGAGAGGGCGGAGUGAGGGGAUUUCAGGGAAUUUAUCUGAUGAAUAUUGUAGUAAAUGGUGUUCCGUUUGUGUUGGUAAAUAAUUAAUGGGAAUUGUUUUGACUGGAUUGUUUCUGAAAAAGUGGCAUGAGUCAGUCUAGUUGAAUCACUGGCGUUGUUACUGAUUCAUGUGAUUGGUAGCAAUGGAAUGUUUAUCUUCCGCACGUUUUGUCGAAUGCGUAGAGGAGAUAGUAAAAGUUUCCGAUGCAAUACUUGAUGGUUGGAAAAUGAACAUUUAUGAGGGUCAAGACAAUAGUUCAUAUAUAUCCAAAAAAGAAUCAAGCAUUUUGAAGGAUGGUGAUAAAAUGAUGUUGGUUACUAUUGAAUAUCAUGUUGCCUAUCAUAUCAGUUACGGCGUGCCAGUUUUGUGUUUCAACGUAUGGAAACAAGAUGGCUCUCUCAUGUCAGUAGAAGAUUUCUGGAAAUCAAAUGAUGAUCUGAAAGAUGUCAACAUGUAUGAUACUCUUACUCAAAUGGAUCAUCCAGUAUUACACAAGCCCUUCAUAACGUUACAUCCCUGUAGAACACAAGAAAUAAUAACACCUUUAUUGGAGAAAAGUAAAAAUCCUGUCAUUUCAUGGCUCAGCGUAACAGGUCCCAUUGUUCAUAUGAGCUCGAUUGAAGAAUACUUGAAAUAUUGCUGAAUGAAUGAAGGAACCUAAAAUAAAAUUAAAAACUCUCUUUAUUUUUCAAUAUUUUUCAUAUCUCAGCUUCAAUUUUAGAUUUUUUUCCAAGGUCCGAAAUGACUCAGAAACGAAAGCGAAGGAAAUGGAAAUUCAAAAUUUUCACCAGUUUUAGAGCGAUGGACAUUCGUAAUGCAAACAGUGAUUUACUGAUGAUAUCUAUUUAUAAUACCAAUUUUUGAAAAUACAGAAUAAAAAGCAAA